UGAUAUUUAUUGCCUCUCUACCACUGGUGAUAUUGUUCUGGUGGUAUCACUGCCGCAUGGUGCUAUAUACUGGUCGUAUUCCUGGACCACUCAUUUGGCCACUUCUGGGAAACGCUGCCAUCUUCAUGAUUAGACCUGGAGAUCAACUGACCCUUGUAGAUGAAUUAAUGAAACGUUAUGGACAAUACGUGAGAUUAUGGUUGGGACAUGAAUUAAACAUCAUUGUCGGGAACCCAGCUGAUGUUAGGCGGUUGCUAACGAAUAACAAAGUUAAUAAAAAAGGACCCGCCUACAAAUAUAUGGAAACAUUUGUUGGCCCUGGAAUAUUGUCUGGAGGCCCUACCUGGCGACUUCACAGAAAGAUAGCCAACCUAUCGUACAACAAGAAAGCAAUUCAACAUUACUCUGUGGCGUCCAACAAAUACGCCAUUAGACUAGCUGAAGUAUUGGGCAACAAGGAACCUAAUGUUACUUUCAAUGUAUACCACGAUGUUGUCAAAUUUACUACAUUGAGCACUUGCGAUUCAAUAAUGGGUUUAUCCGAAGAUGAAAUCAAAAACGUAAGGGGGAUGAGUGCCGUCGUAGCAGAUACUCAAGAUAUCUACGACUUCGCAUAUUCGAAUAUGACAUUCUGGUGGUUACGUUUACCCUUAAUAUACUGGCUAAGUGGCAGAAAAUCGAAAGAGAAAUAUUAUAAAACAAACAUCGAUUUAAUGACUGCGGACAUAAUAUCGUUGAGAAAAAAUGCAAUAGAGAAAUAUGGUGUCGUUGAAGAAUCCAUGUGUGUGGUGGACAGGUACAUAAUGUCGGGUGAAUUGACUGACCAGGAAGUUAUGUGGGAGAUUAUAACGUUUUUUACAGCCAGUCAAGAAGCGACAGCUAAGAUAGCCUCCAUGGUGCUUUUGAUUUUUGCACACCAUCAGGACUGGCAAGAUAAAGUGUACAAAGAAAUUCAAGAUAUUCUUGGGUCAAACGCAGAUUACGUAUCAGACGAAGAUCUCAAGAAAAUGACGAAUUUAGACAUGGUUUACAAGGAAGCUGUCAGGUAUAUGCCUAUAGGAGCUUUGAUCCAGAGAUCCAUAGAAGAAGAAGUUACUGUAAAUGAUGGCGAGUACGUUCUACCAAAAGGAGCAUCCUUAUUAUUACCAAUCCACCUAAUACAUCGUGAUCCGCAGUACUGGCAUGAGCCGAAUAAGAUUAAACCAGAAAGGUUCUCGCCCGAAAACGCAAAAAACCGAGACCCCAAUGUAUUCUUGCCUUUUAGUUUGGGUGCUAUGGAUUGUAUCGGGCGAGUGUACGCUGAAUCUUUGGUAAAGCUGAUAGCUGUACAAGUCCUACGACGUGUGGAGUUGGAAGCAGAUGGAAACAUCGAAGACCUGCAAUUACAUGUCGCCAUAUCCGUCAGAUUUACUAAGGGCUAUAAUUUGAGGGUUCGACCCCGUACCAAGGGUGUGUGAGCUUUAAAAUGGCAAGAAAGUACGGGGUAUGAACUAUAGGUACAUUAUAAUAUCUAAUUGUAAUUAGUGAUUUAAAUAAAACUAAACUA